CGGCGCCCCCGGAGCCGGACUACCGUCCCCCCGCACCCUCCCCGGCCGCGCCCCCUGCGCCACCCCCGGACAUCCUGGCCGCCUACCGGCUGCAGAGGGAGCGCGACUUCGAAGACCCCUACUCUGGGGGGCCGUCCAGCUCCGCUGCUGCUCCAGCCACCCCCGCCGUUCCCGGCCCCACGCCGCCCCCGCGCCACGGCUCGCCUCCCCACCGCCUUAUUCGGGUUGAGACCCCUGGCCCCCCAGCGCCCCCUCCUGAGGAGCGGAUCUCUGGACCCCCCGCCAGUAGCGACCGGUUGGCAAUCCUUGAAGACUACGCGGACCCGUUUGAUGUUCAGGAGACUGGUGAAGGCCCAGCAGGAGCUUCGGGAGCCCCAGAGAAGGUCCCUGAAAAUGACGGCUACAUGGAGCCCUAUGAGGCCCAAAAGAUGAUGGCUGAGAUCCGGAGUUCCAAGGAGACAGCAGCUCAGCCCCUGCCUCUGUAUGACACGCCCUAUGAGCCAGAGGAGGAGGGGGCCACCCCAGAGGGUGAGGGGGCCCCCUGGCCCCGGGAGUCCCGGCUGCCAGAGGAUGACGAGAGGCCCCCCGAGGAGUAUGACCAGCCCUGGGAGUGGAAGAAGGAGCGGAUUUCCAAAGCCUUUGCAGCCCAGUUUGAAGGAUCUGAGAAGAGCUGCCUGUCACCCGGCCGGGAGGAGAAGGGGCGGCUACCUCCCCGACUCUCUGCAGGGAACCCCAAGUCAGCCAAGUCCCUAAGCAUGGAGCCCAGCAGCCCCCUUGGGGAGUGGACAGACCCAGCACUGCCUCUGGAAAACCAGGUCUGGUACCACGGGGCCAUCAGUCGAACAGAUGCCGAGAACCUGCUCCGACUGUGCAAAGAGGCCAGCUACCUGGUGCGCAACAGUGAGACCAGCAAGAAUGAUUUCUCUCUGUCCCUCAAGAGCAGUCAGGGCUUCAUGCACAUGAAGCUGUCCCGGACCAAGGAACACAAGUACGUGCUGGGCCAGAACAGCCCACCCUUCAGCAGCGUCCCUGAAAUCGUGCACCACUACGCCAGCCGCAAGCUGCCCAUUAAGGGGGCCGAACACAUGUCCCUGCUCUACCCCGUGGCCAUUCGGACUCUGUAGAUGGGUGGCCCGGGCACUGUGACAAAUCUGGACCCAGCCCUGUGCCCAUCCCCUGGCUGAGGGCUGUGGCCCUUCCCAGGGACAUGUUCUGUCAAACCUUUCUUCCUCUCUCCCUGAGAUCGAGUGGAAGCUGGAGAUUCCUUAAUUUAUUCUAAACGGAAAGGCCUACUGGGGCCUCGGAGUAAAAGGUGGUCUGGAGCCGAGGACAGAGGAAUCCCUGGGGAGAAAGGAUAGCCCCUGGAGGAAGGGGGCUUCAGAGCCGCUCGUCUCCAGGAGUUUCAGAUCCGCAGCUCCCCGCCUUUUCCGCCCCUAGGGCACAGGUGGCGACCCCCUUCCCCACCGACUCCUUCCCCCUGGGUCAAUGCGGGCUGGGGCAGGACGCAGGCCUGCGGGGCGCCCUGGCCGCCUCCACCCCUAAACCGCCGGCGGGCUCCGUCCAGAGUCCGGUGCGGGGCUUAGGGAAGGCAGACCCCCCUAGGAUGGAGCUGGCCGUGGGGGUGGGGAGACGAGGGGAAGGGCUCGGGCCAGAGGGAACUUGCGCAGUCCCCGGGCCGCCCCGGCUCCCGGCCAGAUGCAAUAAAUAAACCCAGUCCUGCCAGGCACAGCCGCGUCCGCGCCUCCAGCGCCGCCCCCCGGGCUGUCGGGGGAGGGAGAGGCGAAGCGAGCGCAGAUUCUGUUUAUAAAUCAGUUCUGGAAGCGACACAAGCAGGCUGUGAAAAGCA